AUGUCCAUCCCCAAAGCUGAGAUUGUAGAUGGCUGCAAAACAUUUAUUCCUCUGGAAAACAACCCCGAAGUCCUAUCGCUUCUCAGUGAGAACCUAGGCCUAGCUCCAGGUCUCACCUUCUAUGAUAUCUUCUCUACAUCACCGGAGAUGCUGGCGUGCAUACCCCGCCCUAUUCACGCCAUGAUCCUACUGGCAGACAAGCCCAUAUACAACGCAGCCCGGUCUGCCGUGGUACCCACGAUCCCGGAAUACCAGGGAUCUGGUCCGGACGAGCCGGUCAUCUGGAUCAAACAGACAAUCGGCCAUGCCUGCGGUCUGAUGGCGCUACUGCACUGCGUUUUCAAUUUGGAUAGGAGGCGGUAUGUCAGGUCAGAGUCGGCGUUGGGGAACCUUUUGAAGCGGGCUAUCGAGCUUGGACCGGCUGAGCGGGCACAGCUCUUGUAUGACUCUGUGUUUUUGGAGGAAGCACACAUGCAUGCUGCGUCCAAGGGCUCCUCGGCGGCUCCGUCGCCUCACGAUGAUAAUCACCACCACUUCAUUGGAUUUGUCCUCAAAGAUGGCGUGGUGUGGGAGCUUAAUGGAGGCUUGAAUGGACCUUUGCGGCGGGGAACACUGGAUCAGGAGGAUUUGCUGGGUGAGCGGGGAUUGGCCUUGACAGCACAAGACUUUCUGGAUGCAGCGGCGGCGGGGGAGUAUGGUGGUAUGAGUAUUGUGGCAGUAGCUGGAAUGGAUUCUUAG